GGGGGAAGGUUCUAGAAAAGCGGCGGCAGCGGCUCUAGCGGCAGUAGCAGCAGCGCCGGGUUCCGAGUGGAGGUGCUCUUGGCGGUGUUGUUUCUCGAGCAGCGGCAGUUCUCACUACAGCGCCAGGACGAGUCCGGUUCGUGUUCGUCCGCGGAGAUCUCUCUCAUCUCGCUCGGCUGCGGGAAAUCGGGCUGAAGCGACUGAGUCCGCGAUGGAGAAAACUUUAGAAACUGUUCCUUUGGAGAGGAAAAAGAGAGAAAAGGAACAGUUCCGUAAACUCUUUAUUGGUGGCUUAAGUUUUGAAACCACAGAAGAAAGUUUAAGAAACUACUACGAGCAAUGGGGAAAACUUACAGAUUGUGUGGUUAUGAGGGAUCCUGCAAGCAAAAGAUCAAGAGGAUUUGGUUUUGUAACUUUCUCAUCCAUGGCUGAGGUUGAUGCUGCCAUGGCUGCAAGACCUCAUUCAAUUGAUGGGAGAGUGGUUGAGCCAAAACGAGCUGUAGCAAGAGAGGAAUCUGGAAAACCAGGAGCUCAUGUGACUGUGAAGAAGCUGUUUGUUGGCGGAAUUAAAGAAGAUACCGAGGAACACCACCUUAGAGAUUACUUUGAAGAAUAUGGGAAAAUUGACACCAUUGAGAUAAUUACCGAUAGGCAGUCUGGAAAGAAAAGAGGCUUUGGAUUUGUUACUUUUGAUGACCAUGAUCCUGUGGACAAAAUUGUGUUGCAAAAAUACCACACCAUCAAUGGUCAUAAUGCAGAAGUAAGAAAGGCUUUGUCUAGACAAGAAAUGCAAGAAGUCCAAAGUUCCAGGAGUGGAAGAGGAGGCAACUUUGGUUUUGGGGACUCCCGUGGAGGCGGUGGAAAUUUUGGACCAGGACCAGGAAGUAACUUUAGAGGAGGAUCUGAUGGAUAUGGAAGCGGACGUGGAUUUGGGGAUGGCUAUAAUGGAUAUGGAGGAGGGCCUGGAGGUGGCAAUUUUGGAGGUAGCCCUGGUUAUGGAGGAGGAAGAGGAGGCUAUGGUGGUGGAGGACCUGGAUAUGGAAACCAGGGUGGGGGCUAUGGAGGUGGUUAUGACAACUAUGGAGGAGGAAAUUAUGGAAGUGGAAGUUAUAAUGAUUUUGGAAAUUAUAACCAGCAACCUUCUAACUAUGGUCCAAUGAAGAGUGGAAACUUUGGUGGUAGCAGGAACAUGGGGGGACCAUAUGGUGGAGGAAAUUAUGGUCCUGGAGGAAGUGGAGGAAGUGGGGGUUAUGGUGGGAGGAGCCGAUACUGAGCUUCAUCCUAUUUGCCUUGGGCUUCACUGUAUAAAUAGGAGAGGAUGAGAGCCCAGAGGUAACAGAACAGCUUCAGGUUAUCGAAAUAACAAUGUUAAGGAAACUCUUAUCUCAGUCAUGCAUAAAUAUGCAGUGAUAUGGCAGAAGACACCAGAGCAGAUGCAGAGAGCCAUUUUGGGAAUGGAUUGGAUUAUUUAAUAACAUUACCUUACUGUGGAGGAAGGAUUGUAAAAAAAAAAAAUGCCUUUGAGACAGUUUCUUAGCUUUUUAAUUGUUGUUUCUUUCUAGUGGUCUUUGUAAGAGUGUAGAAGCAUUCCUUCUUUGAUAAUGUUAAAUUUGUAAGUUUCAGGUGACAUGUGAAACCUUUUUUAAGAUUUUUCUCAAAGUUUUGAAAAGCUAUUAGCCAGGAUCAUGGUGUAAUAAGACAUAACGUUUUUCCUUUAAAAAAUUUAAGUGCGUGUGUAGAGUUAAGAAGCUGUUGUACAUUUAUGAUUUAAUAAAAUAAUUCUAAAGGAAAUUGUGUAAUUAUAGACUUUUUAUUUUAAAUAAGUUAAGGAGUGGGUAGUAUAAUUAAGGUCCAUUGCAAAGCUGUUGUUAUAUUGUAUAAGAUAAAUUGUGGUCAGAUGUAAGUGUGUUGUCUGCAAUUCAUCAGGAUUAAAUUAUCUAGAUAACUUAAGGGAUAUCUCUGCAAAGAGAAACACCUUUUUAGAUCUUUUAGAUGCUGCUUCUUCAAUGCAAGGAAAGGAAAUAACCCCAGCGAGGUACUCUUCAGGGACACAGGUCUAGUACAAGAGAACUCUUGACGGCUACUAAGUUCAGCCAGUCUUAAAAAACUGUGCUGUUUUCUACAAAGUUUUAACUACAGUAGUUUAUAAGGAUGCCAACGAAAGCUGAGGGUGUAGAGCAAAAUAGUUCUAAGCUUCAGUUAAACUUCUUUAGGUAAGAUCUUAUUUACUUUUCCUUUCUUAAUUUUCCUCCCUAAAAGAUAAACUAAUAACUCUUCAAUGGUCUUACAGUAUAGUGGUUCUUAAUGUAGUUUAACAUAGCUACAAAUUGAGUUUAACAAUAUAUAAACUCAAAAGAGAAUAAUUUUUAUAAACCCUGUUUUCCAAUCUGUCAUUUACUUAAAUUAUUUUGGUUGUUUUUCCCUUUUUUUCCUUCUUUCCCACCCCCUCCCUCUCCAUGAAGAUUCAGGUGCUUAACAUAUCAUUUUUUUCCCUGCUGGAAUUUAGCAUUGAUAUGAACCAUGGACAAGUAUAUUCUGCUGCCACAAAGACUGUAAAGUGCUUCAUUUCAACAGCUGAGGCAAGCCAAGUGAUCAUUAAUAAAGCUUUUCUUGGUUCCUUCAGUGGUGUUGGUAGUAAAAUGGAAGGUGUCUUGCUGCAGGUAACUAAUGAAGAAGUGGUCAACCACAGAGUCUUCAAGAAAUAAGAAAUACUGUACCAUCUGAAAGUAGUUCUUGUUGGUGCCUUCAUUUAAGAAGCACUCUUUAACAUAAAAGGGAAAUGUUUUCUGAUAAAAACAAAUAUUUAGUACAGGUUCUUGGUAAAAUGAUUACAAAAUGAGUGUUGUUUGUAAAAUAACAAUAAGCUAGAGAGAUAAAUGUAUCAUGUUUUAAAUUAGGUUUUGUGAGUAGACAGAUAAAGUUCUAUUUUAAAUACAAAAUUUAUAAAAAUAAAUACUUUUGUAUCCAAAUACUUGGUGUAAUGUUUACACAUAAAAUGUGUGAAUCUUGUUCUUCAACAUUCGGUUGUCUACAAGAUUUCCAUCCCCUAUUUUUUUUAAAAGCAGUUUUCAGAUUUAUGCAUAUUGCCAUUUUUCUUUGAAUAUUAUAGACAAAUGAGAAAAGCAUUGUGGACAUUAUUGGCUGUCCCUAAUAAAAUGCUAUUC